GCAGGGCGCCGGUCGGGAGUGCCGCUGCCUGCCAGGCUACGAGUGGAACAGCGACGUCUGCGGCCUGUAUGCCGCCUGCGGGGCCCUCCUCCUCUCCCCCUGCAGCUGUCUCCGCUGGACGGCCGAGAGCCCCGGAUACUGCCAGCCACUGCUCCCCAGCACCACAGGCACUGCGAGCCCAACGUCGGCCCCCCAGCUAAUCCCAGCAGGGGGCGACCUCACCAUCUCCUUCAGCCUGGGGGCGGGGGCCACCGAGGUGACAUGGUACCUGCUCAGCCCCGACGGGAGCUCGGCGAGGGAGCUCCACAAUGGGACACAGGCGAUGCUGGUAAUGAACAGCUCAGUGGCCGUCCUGAGAGUCAGCUCCAUCUCCGCGGACUGGGCAGGGGAGUACAUAUGCCGGUACGUCUGGGAGAACUCCCAGCUGCAGCUCAGGCAGCAGGUCAGCGUCUCGCUGGGCCCCGAAGACAUCGUCCAGACCCCGGCCCAGGUGUCCAUGAACUGCAGCUCCUCCGGCGGGAUAAACCUGCGGUGUUGUAUCAGGAACAGAGGCAAAGCCUAUCGAGUGUCCUGGAUCCCCGGCUCCAGAGCUCCAGCUGACCUGGUGGGUGACACGGACCCUCUGUGCCAUUCCCUCCCCCUGGAGACCUGCCCCGCCCAGGACACCCCGUACCAGUGCGUGUUUGAGAGCGAGGGGCUGGGUGCGGCCCAGGCGGUGGUGACGGUGUCUGUGAUACAAGCUGGGGAUCCCUUCUGUCCCAGCAAUGACUCGCAAGGCAUGUGGGCAGCCACCAAGGCAGGGCAAGUGGCCGAGAUCUUGUGUCCUGACAACAGAGCUGGGACAGUGCAGAGGAGCUGCUCCGCAGGAGGAGUCUGGGGAGAGGUGAUAAGCAAGUGCACCCACAGAGAGCUCCUGGCUGGACUGCACAGUGCUCAGCUGGUCCUGGCAGGGCUGGGCAACCCCCGGAGCGAGCUGGCGUGGCUGACUGAGCGGCUGAGGGUGGAGACUCAGCCUGGGCAGGGCUCUGUGAGUUCUGCCUCGGACCUGCUGGCUCUAGUGACCACGGUGGACACCAUCUCCCGUAUUGCCGGGGACACCGGCCUGCACCUCAGCAGCAGCACCAUGGCCACUUUCCUGGCAGUCGUCAGCCAGAUGCUUGACUUCGAUCUCCAGGCCCUGUGGGCCAUGGCACAAGCCGACGUGCCCUCCGUGGCCUCCACGUUCCUGCAGUCCAUCGAGAACCUCACCAGGCGGCCGGUCCCCGCGGCCGGCAACUUCAGCUUCACCCUGCCCAACGUCGAGCUCCAGGGGUCCGUGUUCGAUCCGGGUUCGCUGACUGACUACAGCAAAACCUUCCACGUGCAGCCCCUGCUCCAAACCCACAUCAGCCAGGAAGUGCUGGAGCCGCUGGUGCAGCUGGGGGCCAACGUCACCGUGGCCAGCAUGGCGCUGAAGACGCUGGGUGGACUCCUGCCUGCGAACUACGGCCCAGGGCUGGGCAGCUCUAGCUACGUCCUUGGCAGCCUGCUGUUGUCCAGCAGCAUCGUGUCCAGCAACGGGAGCGUGAGCCGGGCGGAGAUUGCCAUGACCUUCGGUCACAGGAACGCGACGGAGGACGAGGCUGUGGCAGCGACUGGGGAGGAGAGGCCCCAGUGCGUGUUCUGGGACCAUGGCUUGUUCCAAGGGGAAGGAGGCUGGUCCUCCCAGGGAUGCCAAACCUCUGGCACAGGCACCACCACCACGUGCACCUGCCAGCACCUGACCUCCUUCUCCGUCCUCAUGUCCAUCCAUAGCAUCGCGGAUAGCUUUUGGCUGGACUUCCUGAGCCACUUUGGGGUGUGUGCUUCCAUCCUGGCCCUGAUCCUCUGCUUGGGGAUCUUCUACCUGGUCUGGCGGUCGGUGGUCAGGAAUAAGAUCUCUUACUUCCGCUACAUGACUCUGGUCAACAUCGCCCUGUCCCUGCUGAUGGCCAACACCUGGUUCCUGGGCUCCACCUGGAUGACCCCGAGCCACGAGAACAAGCUCUGCGUGGCUGCCACGUUCUUCACACACUUCUUCUACCUGGCCAUGUUCUUCUGGAUGCUCGUCCAAGCCCUCAUGCUUUUCCACCACCUGGUGUUCGUCUUCCACCAGCUGGCCAGAGCCUCCGUCACGCCUCUCGUGGUGACCAUCGGGUACCUGUGCCCGCUCAUCAUUGCUGCCGCUGCCGUGGCUGUUUACUACCCCAAGCGGGGCUACGUCCAGGCCACGGCCUGUUGGCUCAAUGGGCACAAUGGGGCGAUUUAUGCCUUCUCUGUGCCCGUCCUGGUCAUUGUCCUGGUCAAUGUGCUGAUCCUUUUCGUGGUGGUGAUGAAGCUGAUGAGGCCGUCGGUGUCCGAGGGACCCAAAGGAGAAGAGAGGAAGAUCCUGCUCAGCAUUCUCAAAGCCCUGCUCAUCCUGACGCCCAUCUUCGGCCUGACCUGGGGGCUGGGGGUUAUCACCAUGACAAGCAAGAGCUCUGAAUUGUCCCAUUAUAUGUUCGCUGUCCUGAACUCAUUGCAGGGUGUCUUCAUCCUGGUCUUCGGCUGCCUCAUGGACAAGAAGGUGCGGGACGCUCUGCUCGAACGCAUCCAGAAAGAGCUCCCCUCCGGGGCCACCACCACUCGGCGGCCGGGCCUCCUGCCUUUGGCGACCCAGCGAGUGAGGCACCGGGACUCGCCCCCGCAGGGCAGGAGGAAGGGGCGCGAGGCAGCUGCCAACAGGUGCCAGUGA